UGCGCGCGCUGUAGAGGUGCAUGGCAACGAGGAAGUUUCUGAGGAGCCUAGAGACUGAGCGCGCCGAGCCAGUAAAUUAACACACAAAGGCGAAUUGCCGUGAGAACUUUUGCCCCGUAAACAUUCACAUGAUGUUUGAAUCCCCGCGUAAAUCGACAAACGUGCUCCACGCGUGGUCAGAGAGCAAGGUAGAGUUGCACGACACGCAACCGGUGUCUCCACCCGGGACGGAAAAAUGCGUCAAGGUUAAGAAGAAAAGAAAACAACAGCGAGGCGAAAUACGAUCCGUCUCGGCCCCUCAGUUACCCACCGACGACGACCUUUGCGCGGACGGGGACCGUGCGCAAAAGGAGACGAAAUAUAUAGCGGAUGAACCGAUUGUGCGAGGAAUCUUCCAGAUCGGGAAGAAAAGCCACGACGUGGUUCUCACAGCAACGAGGGUAACGUGGACCCCCAUUGAACCCGAGACCCCUACAGCUGAGCGUGAUGUAAUGAAGCAGGAGGAAUACGUCGAGCUCCAGGACGUGUUUGCUGUGAAGGUAAAACGGCGACGGUCGGCGGGGCAGCAGACGGGCGGCACUCUGCUGGGCAUCACACUUUUCCACUGCAAGAAGAAAGGCCUCAAACUUAAGAAUCACACCAUCCAUCUCAACAACCUGAGCGUGGACCACUGUGAGAUCUGGUUCAAAACUCUCAAAGAGAUCCUCAACGGUUUCAGGCAACGUCCCAAGUCUCUCAAAGUCUUUGUGAACCCCACCAGCCACAAGAAAGAGGCGUACAAAAUCUACCUGGAUGAGGUGGCGCCGCUCUUCAAACUCGCUGAUAUACAAGCGGAUGUCACCAUCACUGAAAGAAAAGGCCAUGCUCUCUCCGUCCUUAAAGACUGUAGCUUGGACGACUGUGAUGGAGUGGUGUGUGUUGGGGGAGAUGGCUCAGUGGCUGAGGUGGCCCACGGGUUGCUUCUCCGGGCCCAGAUGGACGCUGGGAGGGACACAGACUCCAUCUUCACGCCUGUCCAAGCAGCACUUCCUCUCGGCAUAAUACCAGCAGGUUCUACUGAUGUGGUGGCAUGCUCAGUAUAUGGAAAAAGACACGCUGUGACAGCAGCGUUGCACAUUAUUAUGGGACACCGUCAGCCUGUGGACGUGUGCAGUUUCAGCUCCAUGGGUCGUUUGGUGAGGUUCGGUUUCUCUGCCAUGUUUGGUUUCGGUGGGCGGACGCUUGCACUGGCAGAGAGACACCGCUGGAUGCCACCCAGCCAGCGUCGCGAGUUCGCUCUCAUUAAAACACUGGCAAACCUCAAACCUGAAGACUGUGAACUGUCCUUCAUCACCAGCGGCGGAACCGAGGAUCCGAGGCUGGCUAAAGAACAUUUUUUAAGGGAUGAGCGAAACAGAGAUGAAGACAGCAUUUGUGAGGAUGGCUCCUGGCAGACCAGACAGGGUCUCUAUUUAAAUAUCAGUGUCAUGGCUAUUCCCUGCCUGUGCUCCAUGGCCCCCCGAGGCCUGGCUCCAAACACCAGGCUGAAUAAUGGCAGCAUGGCGCUGAUAACGGUCGGCGAUACCUCCAGGUCAGAGUUCAUCAAGCACCUGAAAAGAUACAGCAGCACAAACAAUCAGUUUAGUUUCUCCUUCAUCGAGACCCACACCGUGAGAGCCGUGAGGUUGCGCUCUCAGGGAAGCUGGGCCGAAGACAUCUCAGAGGAACGUGAUUCUAAAACAACACCCAUCAUCUCCUCAGAGGGAACGUAUCCCUGGAACAUUGAUGGAGAUCUCUUAGAGGUCCCAUCUGAGAUACUGAUCAGGGUUCACCCGCAUCUACUCGCACUCUUUGGAGGAGACCUAGAGGAGGCUGAGGAGGCACCGGUUAAAUGCAGCUGUAUCUGAACACACACACACAACAAUAAACAAGAGAUUAUGCUAGGUGGUAGCAACAAGCAAAUUGAAUGUAGAAAUAGCCAAAGCAAAGCUUUAACUUGUAGAAAACAUUUAAUAAAAGCAAAACAUAUACAGUACACAGUACAUUCCAGUGCAUAAGAAUUUAAAUUAAACCAAAGUACAUUUUUAAAAAGCAAAUCAGCGCCGCAAGAAAUAAAUCAAAUAAAAACAUGAACUUAUGAAAAAUCGCGAUUAUUAAAAAAGCAGUGUGCUUUUUGUUUACUAGUCCCUGAACAAUAAAGUGGAGACUUUACAAACAACCCAUAUGAUGCCGUUUGUCAAAUUAAAAUAGAGGAUUUGGGAGAAUAGCGUAAGCCUUCAGUCCUACUGGAUCAGCUGUGCUUAUGAUCCUUACAGUCUCAAUGACAUAGAAAUGUCCUUAAGCUCACCCCUUAUGAUCAGGCCCAGAUGGAAUCCGAGUUUUUAUUUUACAUUCUUACAUUUGAUUUAACAUUUAUGACAUUUCGCUCCAUUUGUGGCGGAAAUAUUGGGGAUAUACGCAGUUUUUAAAAUGAUAUUUUUUCAACUAUUUUAUUUGUUACUUGAAUUGUUAAUAAAUAGAUUGCUUUUA